ACCAGGGGUCUCAUUUAUAAAACUAUGCGUAGGAUCUUUACUAAAAGUUUACGUGCGCCCAAAAGCCAAAAAUGGCGUACGCCAAAAAAUAUUCCGAUUUAUAAAACCGUGCGUACGCACACCUGUAAGCAAUGUUCCCUUUAUAAAUCACAGAUCACCCGCAGAUGUGCGUACGUGAACCAGCCUCAUAUCCCGCCCUGUACACGCCCAUUUUUAACCAUAAAUAGUCAAUGCAAAUCACCUCAUGAUUGCUGAUCAGCAUGUAAAUGAGAGUGGAAUCCCAUAUAUACCUGGAAAACUGGCAUGCGACCCGCCAAUUAAUUAAUCCAAGAAAGUGAAAACGUGCAUUUCUGUUAGCCUAAUUUUAAUAAUGGCGACAGGUGAGAAAAGAGGAAAAAAAAAACGUAAUUUCUCAGAUACUGAGAUUGAAACACUUGUAGGGGAGGUGGAGGCUCGGAAAACUGUGUUAUUUGGUGGCCACAGCAGUGGGGUCACUAAUAAAAAGAAGCAGUGCGAGUGGCAAAGUAUUGCUUCUGCCGUCAAUUGUGUCAGUGGGACAGAACGGACAGUUGCAGAAUUAAAGAAAAAAUGGUCCGACCUGAAGGUGGAGGCAAAGAGAAAACUGUCCUCCCACCGCCAGAGCGUGGCUGCAACUGGUGGGGGCCCAUGUACAGCUGAUCUCACAUCAGUGGACAGCAAAAUCGCGGCUAUAAUUGGGGAGGUCAGCGUGUGUGGUAUUGUGUCGGAAAAGAAGGGAGACACUGACGUGACUGAAACCACAGAGGAGCAAGUCCUUCCGGAGUCUGAAGCUGUAAAUGAACAGGAGUUUCAGGGUGAGGGGUUCUCAGAUGCAGAUGCACAGCGUCCGGCUCAAAGCAGUGCCCCUUCUGCGUCUGGCACGUCCAAAAGUGGUCGGGUACUCACUGACGCAGUCCUGCAGUUACAGCGAGAGACAAUAAACGCUGUCAACGGGGUUGCAGAUGAGCUACGGCAGAUGAGAGAAGUGAUGCAAGAAAUUGCACAAUCAUUAAAAGAUGCAGUUAAAACAUGAA